AAAAGAGGGAGGGAGAGAAAGGGACACGCAAACUUCAGGCACAAGAACCCUCCCCUUAAGCUUACACAUUAGCUACCAUCCUGUUGCUUACCUUGAAAGGGUCACAUACUACCUAUUUGCAUCAAAGGAUAGGAAGAACCAACCAAAUCUUAGCUUUGUUCCUAGAAUUGAUCGUCUUCUCUUCUUGCUAAGUGGUUAGUAAUAUGGCGCAAUGCGGCGGCGGCGACGUUUCACGACACCGGAAGGGUCACCUUGACACCGUCGAGAGCCUCUGCCAGGGGCUACUCGACGACGUCAUGCUCGACGACGACAAGUGCCGCGCCAUGUUCGGCUACCUCCAGGAGUGGCAGGACCUGGCAAGCAUGUGUUACGGGAGCUUAGGCGGCGAGCCGCCGCUGGCGCCGGAGGCCAGCAACGGCAGCGGCAGCAGCGGCGGCGGAGGCAGCUUCCGGAAGAGGAGACCGGACGACGCAAAGGGUGAGAGCAACAGCAUCUGCAAGAGGCAGAGAGGGAAGCAGCAACAGCAGCAGCAGCCGUGUCAUCCCGAUCAGAUGGCGGCGGCGGUGGGGAAAGGAAGGCCGGAGAGGGCACGGCCAGGAGCCAAGAAGAAGGCGGAGGUGGCGUCACCCAAGGAUUCCCCGGCGACCUCGGCGUCGACGGUGACCGCCGGCCAGAAGACCGACUACAUCCACGUCAGAGCCCGCCGUGGGCAGGCCACGGACAGCCACAGCCUCGCCGAACGGGUGAGGAGGGAGAGGAUCAGCGAGAGGAUGAGGUACCUGCAGGAGCUGGUGCCCGGUUGCAACAAGGUCACCGGCAAGGCCGGCAUGCUCGACGAGAUCAUCAACUACGUGCAGUCCCUGCAGAAGCAAGUCGAGUUCUUGUCCAUGAAGAUCGCGGCAUCAAACCCGGUGGUGAACUUCAACAUCGUCGAGGACCUCUUCGGCCGGCAGCUCAGCCAGGCGGCGUGCAACCCUGCGGCUCUGCCGGCCAUGGCGCUGCCGAUGGCGCAGGUCGAGCCUUCCUGCCUCCAGAUGAGCCCCUUGCAGCAGAUGCAAACUUCUGCAGGAUCCUCUGGCUAUGGGCUGGAGAUGGUCGUCAGUAACCAGUACUCACCACCGGGCGGGCCGAUGUCGGUGCCGGCCGGUGCAUCGGUGGAGCCAUGCCUCAACGUGAAUGGAGCUGCAGGUUGGGACAUUGGCUCUCACGGUUUGUUCAGUGGAUUUGAUGCACCGUUUCAGUCAGUACAGAGUGAUUGUUUGCUAGACAAUCUCAAAAUGGAAAUGUAAGAAGGAAUGAAGGAAGGAGAAGUCCGCAUUCCAAGAGUUUUAACCACAUCAAUAUUUGUGGCUGAAGAUUCUUUAUUCAUAGAAACUGUACUAAUGUCAUCAAUGGCAAUACAAGUACAUUUGUGUGUUUAUAUUUGCCUUGCUACUCCACCAA